AUGAGCCGAGCAAAUACUCCGGCCCCUGCUGAUAAAUCGAAAUAUUCUGGCUUCUCGGCCUGUUUUAUAUUCCUGCUUGCCCUUAUUGCUGCAUCGUUAUCAGUGGAGCCUUCCUGGCCCCAGGUGCUUGCCAGUAGCCUCGGUUUCCCACUCAAUAGCAGGCACCCCGCCGACCGAGCUCUGCCGUCCAAAUCAAUCGAGUUUGAGGGCGAUUAUGCGAAUGCGCCCACAUUUGAGGUGUUGCAACUGUCGGAGACUAGAGAGCUGCUCGUCCCAAACGUGAUUGCCGAAGCGACGCUUCGGAAGAAAACUGAGCACUUUACGCUAGAGGUGGAUGAUAUCCAGGUGAAGGAUCUCUACGAUAUGCUGCGCAUGAUCACCGGAAGUACCAAAGGCACUCCGUACGAGUUGAUAAUGCCGAAAUUCGAUGAAAUCGACCAGCUGCUGACCGGGUUCUUGCAACAGAUCAAGGAGCUAACAACAGGACCUGCAAAAGAAACAAUCACCCGCCGUGCGAUUGCUCGAAAUUCUGAGGGUCGCGAGUGGAACACCGGGAUCAGCUACGAUUUGGAGGCGCACGUCAGGCCGGCCUCCGGAGAUUGGUUCUCAUCCGCCGUGGCAGAUGUAAAAAUAACUAUGCAGUACUUUGCGUAUCAGGCCAUGAAGAAAAAGCGGAAAAUUCUGUUCACCAUCUACGCUGUAUUUAGCUGCAGUAUCAUAUUGUUUUUAUUAAAUUUAAUGUCAACAUACGAAGUUUCCUAUUUUCUGGGAAUUCAAAUUAGGCCAGCGCAACUGGAAGAAGAGGUAGACCAAUGCCAGGCCCUAAACAUUGCGAUGGUAGUGGCCGGCUAUGAAACAACAAAUCGAGCUAUUGUCCUCAUCAAAAGCUUAUUAAAUUAUUACAACAAACCUAUUUUCUUUCACUUUAUUACGGACCACCGUUCUAUGGAUGUCUUACCAGAGCUGUUUGAGACUUGGGAGCUGGCUGAUGUAAAAUAUGCCUUCUACGAUUCUGAGGAGUUCAUCGAGCAUGUGCAGUGGAUCCCGAACAAUCACUACUCACGGCAUUUCGGAUUGAUCAAGCUAUUGUUGGCCGAUAUUUUGCCGAGGAAUUUGGAGCGGAUCCUGCUCCUCGAUACUGAUCUAUUAAUCGUUGGCUCAAUCGAUGAUUUAAUUGAGGACCUUGACAACCUUAAAAAUGGCAAAAUCUAUGGCCUAGCCGAGAAUUUGUCGCGCUGGUAUACCACUCAAGAUCCGGUGCACCACGUUUGGCCAGCGCUUGGCUCCGGCUUCAACACCGGCGUGGCCCUCGUAAAUCUCGCCCAAAUGCGUCGCGUCGAUUGGAAUCGCAUCUGGCGUAGCCUGGCCGAGACGAAUUUGCGGAAUUUUGGCAAAACCAUGCUGGCAGAUCAGGAUAUUUUGAACGCAAUCUUUGUCGACUUCCCAGAGUACGUCCACAAAAUUCCGUGUCGCUACAACGUACAGCUCGGCUUGAACUCGCAGCCAGAGCUGUGCAGAGCGAACUUGAGCGACUUCAAGUGG